AGCAUCAGCAGCAGCAUCUCUCUUCAUCAUACAGCAAUCCACAAAUCCUACUGUAGUGUUUUGCAUGCGAGAGAUCACAAGAUAUCUACAAUAGAAAGGAGAAGAAAAUACAUUUCAUUUAGCAAAUUUGACUUUCUUUUAGGGGAAAACACCAGGUCGUGUUGCGGUGAAAGGACACAGGGACACUUUACUGUUCAUGUGAAGGUGUGCAGGUGAAGGACUUGGCUUGCGCCAUCCUCCCUUCGCAGGACACUGAAGGAACUGUCAAGGUUUGCUCACUGGCUGACUGCUGCAGUUGGACAGACAAUAACUCAGUGUGCUACAGAGACUGAAAUCAUCUCAAAAUGGACCAUCAGGACCACAUGAAUUCUGGACAGGUGGGUGGCUCUCCUGGCAACAACAUAGCAUCUGGUGUAGUCAACAUGUCCAUCAAUGACGGCCACCAACAAGACAUGAAGAACGGGACAGCGGGAUAUAUGGGAGCAGAGGAAACACAUGAACCAACACCUGCAGUGACCGCCCAAAUGCCUGUUUUAGAAGACUUCGAUCCCAAGCCGUCCUUUGAUAAAGAUGAGCCAUUGGAAGCCUUGACACCCGGAAGUCCGCCAAAGAGUGGCCGGAGCAGUGCAGCAUCAGUGAAUAGGGAGGGAGAGCGGGAGAAUGGGGAAAGAGAGAGCUCUGUGAGUCCACGGGAGUCUCCAGUGUCGCCACAUCCACUCCCGGUGACCCUUGGUGAUGGCUUAAGUUCGGGGAUCACAGGCUUAGACAGCCAGAUGAAGAGAAGUCCUUCGGAUAAGAUGUCCGACCAUCAUAGUCCCAGUGGAUCUGAGGAGGAGGAUGAAAUUGAGAAAUCUGAAAGAAGAUUUUCUGGUUCACCUGGAUUUGGAGCAGAUCCUAGAAGCACUGUCAACAUGAAAGAGAAUAAAAAUGAGGACAAAGAAGUGAGUGAAGUUAGUGAUGAAGAAGAGGAACAGACAGGACUUUCCUUAGUGAGCAGCUCCGUCACUUCAGACUUGAUAACCCAGAAAGAGGAUGAACAUGAAACCCCUAUUCACCUUCCCAUGACCCCAGAGGAAGCUAAGAAACGUGGCCUGUCGUUCGACUACACAGAACCUCAGGAUCCUGGUCACCCGGGUGGUCCUGUGGGUUGGGAGUGCAGCUCUGAUAAAACACCACCGGAAAGCAAGAGCCCAGACUCCUGUAGGGCAGAUCCAGGCUCACCUCUUACACCCAGUGCUGCUGCUGACCCGACACAAGAGGAAUCAUCUCUAAGGGACUUUCAGACAGAUACGCAAGAGGAAGAAGAGGAAGCAGAGGUACCAGAACAAGAAGAGGAUGAGACCCCAGUUCCUCCAUUGUCCCAAGAAGUUGCUACACCAAAGAUGGAGCUUAAGGCAGAGAAACAUCUAGAUUCUAAAAAAACAAAGGAGGCCAGUCAGGAGAAAUACCUGGAGACGAGCGAUGAUGAUGAAGUAGAAACUGAAAAGGUCAAAUCUGUUGCCAUACCAAAACCUGCUGCCAUACCAGAACCUGUUGCCAUACCAGAACCUGUUGUCACCAAAGCUACAGAUGCUGUUAAACCCAGUGCCGAAGUCCCGCAAACAAAACCACCAAGCAAAGUAGCUCCUGUCAAAGAAGCUCCAGCCAAAAAAACGAAGAAACCAAUCGCUACAGUCACUGCCACCCCUUCCCCCAAACCUGCUCCUAACCUUCAGAAAACCCCCUCUAAAGAUGCUGCUCCGGCCAGAAAAGCAAGUGUCCCAUCCAAAGCCAAGGCUGGAGCAGGGGCAACUCCUGAAAAAAAGGCUGGAGAUGCAAAGACGAAGACAGCAGGUGUCAAACCCCAAGGAGUUGGUGCCAAAAUCCCUGCUGCUUCACGGAUGGAGCAGCGAAGGACAGGACCAGGGUCCAUUGAAAGAGCCGACUCACCUAAAACCCCAGACCGCAGUGGUUGCAGCAGCCCCGCCAGUCGGUCCUCCACUCCCGGACAACAGGUUAAGAAGGUAGCGGUGGUUCGCACCCCACCCAAAUCACCUGGCUCGCUGAGAUCUCGUGCCGCGAUUGCUCCUGUGGCACCUAUGCCUGACCUGAAGAACAUCAAGUCCAAGAUCGGCUCCACUGAAAACCUCAAACACCAACCUGGAGGCGGAAAGAUUCAGAUUGUGCACAAAAAGAUCGACCUAAGCAACGUCCAAUCAAAGUGCGGUUCCAAGGCCAACAUUCAUCACAAACCGGGGGGAGGAAAUGUGGAGAUCAAAUCUGAGAAGUUGGAUUUCAAAGCCCAGUCAAAGGUUGGAUCUCUGGAAAACAUUGGACAUGUCCCUGGGGGUGGACAGAGGAGGAUUGAGAGCCACAAGCUAAAUUUCCGUGAUCAAGCCAAAGCGCGCACUGACCACGGUGCUGACAUCGUCUGCAAGUCCCCCGACAUUUCCACAGAUGGAUCCCCUCGCCGCCUCAGCAACGUGUCUUCCUCCGGCAGCCUCAACAUGACCGACUCCCCACAACUGUCCACACUGGCUGAUCAGGUCUCAGCCUCUCUCGCUAAACAAGGCCUGUGAGCUUGCCGGCUACUGACGAAUCCAGAAAAGAAAAGAAAAAAAAAAUGUUAAAACGUAUCUCCUUCAGUCCUUUCAAAUAAGGUGCUUGUCGGAUUUCUCCUAACUAAAGGUUGUCCCAGCAGCUUGUCUGCUUGUAAAAUAAUUCUUGCCGCUCGGCACGGAGGGACAAGAAUUGAUGUUAUUGGCUCAGUCCAUCAAAUAAAAAAAAGGGGGAAAAUACUAAAUAAAGGAGCUGGUGGUGUAUUGAUCCAAAUGGUCAUUUACAGCACUGAGUAACCUGUUCCGUUUAAUACCCUGGUUUUUAAAGAAACAACAUUUGCUUUCAGAGCUGUAUUUGCUUUGUUGCCUUAUUGUGAAUGUUUUUAUUUACCAUAACUUAUGCACUCCUGUUUUGACAUGCAGCAGUAGGGAAGGCAAAUAUGCAGUUACUAUGAAUUUGAUGAUUUAACACAAAUUUAAGAAGGAUAAACAAGUCUGUGUCACUUAAAUCAAACGCAAAUUUCAUUUAUGACAGUAUAAAAACACCAGUGGUGUGUUUUGACCCAAAUUAAAAAAAACAUUUCAUUCAGAAUUUGCGUAUAUGUUCUUUAAAACUACUGCAAAUACAAAUAUGCUUCUGUGCUUUACCACAGCAUAUUGUCCAGGCCUUUCUGUCCCCACGAUUAAUGCGUAGGAGGUUGCGUCACUAAAUGAAAAACAAAUCCUCUUGCUUUGCCUCUAGUGACGGUUUGGUUGAGGAAAACAAAUGUCAAUAUAUAUUAAAAUAAACUAAUGCUGUUGGACAGGGCUCAACAAUAAGGAUUCUUUUCUGCCUACCACACGAGUGGUACAGAUCUUAUUUAAAUAUUUAUAUUUUUUAGUUAUUUAUUUUUGGAUUUUUACCAGUGUUUUGUUUACAAAUGUUUAACUAUUUCUAUUAUUUACCGCAUAAGUCAUCUGCUUUCAUAAGAAUUCAAAGCAAUGCAUUUUGACAUUUUUUGGUUUAAAAACAACUGACACUGCAGGCCCGUAUGGAGGUAUUUUAGUGACAUUUUAAGCACUAAUCUUUGCUGUAUUCUCUUGACGGUUUCGGAUCAUAACCACACUUCUUGAUGCAACAAAUGUGCUUACCAUACUAUUUUACAAAGUGUUUAUUUAGAAAUGUGCGUUUAAACUGUUUAAAUUCAUUCAUGUUGUCCUAAAGCAAAUCGAUUAAGUUAACGUAACAAAUUUAAGUGGAUUGAACAUUAAAAAAGUCUCCCCCAAAAAAUCUCCAGAAUUGUGUUCAGCUCAUUUUAAAUAAGUAGUUUGAACAAGCAGCAAAAUAUAUUUGAGUGUUAACAGGAGAAUUUGAUGUUCUAAAUGUAUCAACAUAUAGAUGAAAAAACCUGUUUGAAUGGUAAAAUCUAACAACAUUUCUGUUGUAGUAUAUUUUUAGCAAAUAAAUAAACCGAAGAGUGUAAACCAGAGAUGCCUAACGUAGGGCCCGCAGGCCAAAGUUGGCCCAUUGUAACCUGUGAUUUGGCCCAACAAUGUAAAGCAAUGAAUUUUUACAUAUUUUUGGUUUAUAAACAUCUGAUUUUGCAGGCCUGUAGUCAGCCUAUUGAAAAGGAUGUUUUUUUUUCUCAAAAAGUGUAGCUUUUUGCAGUUAUUCUCGUUAAUUUCUAUUAAAUUAGGAGGUAUUUUAGUGACAUUAAGCACUAAUCUUUAAUGCAUUAGCUUGUCGGAUUCUGAUCAUAACCACUUCUUGAUGCAACAGGAAUGUUUAUGUAGAAAUGUGCGUUUAAACUAAGUUAUUACAGUUUUAUAAAUAACGUUAUGGAAUCAGAAUUAAAUAACAAUCUUUAAUAAAGUAGUAGGAAAAAUACUGAUUUAUAAAAUAUAAAUGUAUUAUCAUAUAAAAAUCGAUUAGGAAUCUGUUAAACAUUAUUAAAAACCAACUAAGUACAUUACAAACUGUAGCCUGUGCGUAAAUAAACUGGCCAGCUUAUUUCCUAAGUCAGAAUUUGUGAAUUUGAAUAAUUAGAAAUAUAAUUUGUCUUAAAGCCUUCUUCCAUUAAUUAUUUUAAUAAUUUAUGAUGGACCAAUUGGCUCAUAUAGGGGCCAAAUUUUGGACUUUGUCAGUGUUGGGUGGGUCUUUCCAACCAUCCGAACAUCUCCCCUGGCUACAGGCCUGUACUGUCUACAAUGAAAUGACAAUAAGUGCAAGACUUUACAACAUUCAACACAUUAAAUGUUGUAAUGUUCAGUACACAAAAGGUUGAUUAAACAAUUAUGGUAUUAGAAAGAAUUAAAAAACUGUAUCAGGCAGUAAUUAGAAGAUUUAGUGUCAAAAUAAGACCUCGAGAUCACUUUGCCAUCCUUAUUGUUGAGCUCUGUUUGCCCUGCACAAGCACCAUCCAUCAGCUUUUUGUUAACUUACCCAAACCAGGCAACAAUGCUUCUGUAUUGAUGGAUUUCAGCCUCUGCAUUUAAAAUGUUUUUCCAAAGAAUGCAUGAAUGGACAUCAGACUCAAUAAAAACAACACCAUACAGAGAAAUCUCAUAUUGAGAACAGACAGCUGAGAAGUGCCUCCCCAGUUUCCAUCAGCUACAUUUCAGAAACCUGUUUUAAAAUUCUCUCCGGUCCAGCACAGAUUCAGUCUUGUCCAUCAGCACAGAGCUGAUUCAUUUGGUGUGAAAUAUGACAUUAUUUAACACAUAGCCGAGCUCCCCCUUCAAUCCAAACCAUAACUCUAACACCUUGCACAUUUACCCAGCAUGCUAUGAACUUCACCCAUGGUCUCCUUGAUAGUAGCCAGUCACCACGUCCCAGUCCUUUAUUAUAGCGUUAACCAAUAUUUAAACAUGAAAAGAAAGAGAAAAAGUGGAGGAAGGAUAAAAGGAACAAAGCUACCUGCUAAAAUCCAGGUUUAUGUUGCACUCUUUUUCUAAUAGUGUUGUGUGGACGAUGUAAAAAAAAAGAUGUACGAAUGCGUUUAGACGAUCUGAUACUACUACUAGGCUUUUUAUUUUAUACCUGCAGUGCAUUGCUCAUUUGGGAGUGAAUGCACUGGUUUGAAGCAAGAGCUGCCUCAAACUACGUUACUUGUUAAGAUGUACAGGCUAUCUUGCGUUUAAAUGAAACGGGGAGGAAAUUUAUAGGUAAAACAACGGUUAAAUUUGCAUCCAGAAUUCACAUGAUCAGUAAAACGACAAGCUUCAGACGGAUAUUGCUGUAAACCGAUAUGGCCGUCCUGAAUACAGCAUGCUGCUAACAUAAACCUGAGCAUUUAGACUUGUGGGUUAAGGCUGAAGAAGAGACUUUUAAAAGAUAAACCGUGUAAACGUGGCACGGGGAAAAGGUCUUUCGAGUAAUUCUGCCCUUUAGCUGUGUUUCAACGGUUCUGUAAUCCGUUAACGAGUCCCAUCUUUUCUCCUCAGUUUCAUUUCCCGCCACUGCUCUUCUCAUCGCGGUUCCUCAUUCUAGCUUGACAGUUGUGAUUGUCCUUAUCGUAAUGUGUUUUAUUAAUUGGUUUACACUGAUGCUCCUUGCUGUAAACGUGAAUUUGGAAAUAAAGUCCGUAUUAAACUGC